GUUAUCGUUCCUUACGUGUCACGAGGAUUCCUGUCACAAGUUGACAAACAAAUAACGCGCUCACUAUAUUUUCGUUUGCUGUUACGCGAUGGGGUUACAGGAUCCCGGCAAUCAAUGAAGACAAUGCUGCCGCAUCAGUUCAGUCACCAUGUAGGUCUCAGCAUUUUAGGAUACUUCCCUGUGCUUUCUGUUGCAAGGACGCUGACUGACACAACUUGUGGAGGAAUUCAUUGCUAUGGUAGCACACAGUGCUGUGGUAAUGGCUGCUGCUUAUUGUCGAUUUACGAACAAGCUUGGUUUUGGAUUGUGCUCGUAUUGGGACUUCUGGCACUGCUAGUUGUGCUGGUCCUGACUUGCCGGUGGCUUUGCCGAUUUCACAAUGCAAACCAGUACAACAAAUUGCGACUACAGCAGCAACCUGAACAAUUCAAUUAUGGAACUGUAAGGUACAGGGCACUGACAGAUAUUCCACCACCCUCUUACAACCAAGAAGAUGACUCAAUGCUUCCCUCAUAUGCAGCAGUUACCAGUAAACCACCACCCUAUUGUGCAGAAAGAUCAACUAAUUCUGUGUCAUGAAAUCGUUUGAUCAUAACAAAGACUGAAUUUUUCAUUUAUUUUAUCCAAACCUUUCAGAGCAAUAAUUGAAUGUAUUUGAAUGCAGACCAUUCUUUAAAUUAAUGGUAAUUGAACAUAAGAUUGUUCUUCCAAAGGUAGUCAUUCAGAUUAAACCUCUUACUAACAAUUUCUGUGACAUUUAGUGUAAGUAUAAAUGAUUUUUUUUAUUAGAUAUGAGACUUUGAAGAACAUAUUCUACAUACACUUGCCAAAAUUGGCAAAACUACAGAUAUCAAUGAAUGUUGCUGUUUAUUGCAUGCUCAACAGCACAUUCAGGUUUUUUUAGUUUCUGUAGUUCCUUUUGUUGCUGUAUUUGUUUCUUUUAUCUGUCUGCUUUGAAUUCUUUAUGGGAUCUUUAGCCUUAAGUCUCGCUCAAUUUUAUCUCAUCCUCAUUUUCGCUUUCUGAGUAUGUGUGGUUUUAAACAACUUUAAUAUUUUAUUUUGCAUACUUUUAUAUUUACUUAAUUAUAAUAUUGUUUAAUCACAUCUUUUUCUCCAUGCAGCUGAAUCUAGUUUUAAGUGCACACUUUGUUUAUCCAUGACAUUUAGAGCUUAUACACGUGCAGGCAAAAGAUCAAAUUUCAUGUUAUAAACUUCAUGGUUUCACAUAUUAUAAAUGUUGUUAUUAUUAUACUUUUAACAUGACAACUAUAAGAGCAAACUAUGCCAAAUAAGCCCACAAUGAUCUGUUUUCUGUAGUAUGUAAUGUCUAGCACAACUGUUUGUGUGCAUGUGCCCAGAAUUUAGUGAAUUAAAUAUUUUAACUUGCAGUGCAUAGCACAAAAGAAACGUUAAAAAUUGUUUAAGUGUAAUUCCAGUGUAAUUUUGUGUCUUGGGAGCAGAAUUUACAGUAACACCACAUAAUUCUGUGCACAGUGCCGCAUUAACAUUAUUUGUGUUAAUGGAGGAUGAUUGGCAUAUCGUUUAGAGUACUUUGAUCUUUUGCCUUGAAGUGAGAUUAUUAUUAUUCUAUAAUUUCUGGUAGAGUAGAUUAAUUUUUCUUUAGAGUUUUUGAGAUCAUUUAAGGAAGGGGUUGGCAUGACAACAGAGUUGUGUAUGAAUACACAACCCGAUACCUGUGAUACAAACGGUCCAAGAAAUAAUGAUGUAAAUAAGCUACAGCUGCGUUUGAAAGAAAGCAGUUGAGAAUCAGGUAUGUACAUGUGUGGUUGCUCGCGCAUGUGUGUAUGUGUUUAUGUGUGACAGGGGUUUGUGAUUGAUGUAAUGAGUGAAAUGUAAAGUUCCAUUCAUGUAUGUUCUUAGCAAAUGCUUUUGCGAUUGUGUAGUUAUAUAGCCGAUGCCGGCCCACAUAUUUUCCUGCAAUCUUAACUUUCUUUCGGCCAAGAGAUCUUAUAUACCGAAUGGUUCAAAUGAGAUUGAUUAACCUUUCUUCCCUCCUUAUACAUAUCUUCUUCGCAUGAAGAUACUAUUUUAUAACUAAACAUAAUGAGAUGCAAAUGCGGUGACUCAGUAUAGCCUUUAAUUUUAUUUAUACCGGUGACCAUUUUUUUCGAAAGGGACAAUUUUUGCUUACGCACAUAAUGGACAGCAGAGUUUAUAUUGCGAAGUAAAUAUACUCGAACUGAUAGAUGCACAAUACCAAAAAAAAAUUUUGUUCCAUAGAAUAGAAGUUUUCUCGAAAGUACUGUGUUCGUUUUUGUUUUUUGUUUUUUGUUUUCCCAUCGUGAUCAGUUCUGGAACAGGGCAUGCGCAUGAUCCUCUAAGACGCCCAGUCUAAAUAGGUAUGCUGCAUUAAAUUAUUAAAUGUGUUGCAACCCAGCCGAUCACAAUACGAUAAAUUGUUAGGGGUAACUGGAUGAUUUACUAACGGGUCGAAACAAACACAUUGCCAUAUCUCGAAUAAUUUUUUCAGAUGAUUGUUCACUUUUGAUUAUUAUAUGUUGUUUGUCACAUGACACGUAAAACUCGUAAUGUUAAAAAUUCUUCUAAUAAAAUCGUAUACCUUAGGUU